AUGGCAACAAGCUUUUACGCCAAUAUUUCAGUCAAAAAACCAUGUCCUUACAUGGAAAAAUGCUAUCGAAAAAAUCCCAUACAUUUCAACGAGAUGUCACAUCCACAUUUGGAAAAAAUUGUAAAAAACCAAUUAGAAGACGAAAUACGAAUUCCUGAGAAGCUUGAUUUUGAAUGCUCCGAUCGAUCUCUUCUAUUAGACCAAUUGAAGCUCCUGCAAAUAGUAUUAAGGAAAGAAAGAUAUGGCAGUGGAAGUAAUGCUGCAGACAAACUGUCUGUUAAAUUUACAGAAAAAGAUAGUAUAGAUAAGAAUAAUGUUAACAAAGUGAAGGAAGAUUUGGAUAAUCUAGAAAUAGUGGAAGAAAGCACAGAAAAAGGCAGUUCUUCUCGAGACAGGAAAAGAAAUAAGAGUAGUUUUGGUGAUAACGAAAGGGGGAAAAAGAAGUCGAAAUCAAGUUACAGUAAAUGUGAGGAAGGGGACCAAGAAUGUACUCAAAGUCCACACACAGGUUCAGAAAGUGCUCAAAGUUCCGGUUCCACGCAAGGAAUAUCUAUAUUGAAACUUUUUCGAUCGUGUAAUUCUGCAAAAUCCAGAAAUACAGUCAGAGCGAUAACAAUCAAGAGAAUGAAAGAAGGGGGAUUUGAUGUGUCGCUGGUUGAACCUGGAAAUUUUGCAAUGAAACAUGCACUCUCCGCGCCGUAUCAUUUAUUUUUCACAAGGGUGGAAAAGUCAAAGCCGACAUACGAUCAGCAAUUUACUGUAACAUUUCCUGAAAUACUAGAUAUAAGCUUAGGAGAAAUAGUGAAUAGCUUACAAAUUAAUUUCAUGGUUAAUCUCGAAUGGUUAUGCUUGCAAUAUUUAUUGGCUUGUCAAAGCACAGAUAUGUUAAUUUUAUACGGAGAAAGAGUAGACGAUAUAAAUCUGGGCUUAAAUAUUACCAUGAUACCCAUAAGUAUGCCAACGAAAUUUGGCUGUCACCAUACUAAAGUCAUGAUGUUUAAAUACAAAAAUGACGGUAUACGGGUUGUUGUAUCUACCGCGAAUUUGUAUGCGGACGAUUGGGAUAAUAGGACGCAAGGACUUUGGAUAUCGCCGCUUCUUCCACCACUUCCAGAAUCUGCGAAUCCAAGUGAUGGUGAAUCGCCGACGGGUUUCAAGAAGGAUCUGGAACGUUACCUCAAUAAAUACAGACAGCCAGCUUUAACAGAGUGGACCUCUGCUGUCAGAAGAGCAGACUUCUCUUCAGUAAAUGUAUUCUUUCUGGCUUCUAUCCCCGGGAGGCACAAAGACUUAGAAAAAGAUUUUUGGGGGCACAGAAAAUUAGGCUCCGUUCUUUCUAAACAUGCCAAAUUACCUCCAGACUCGCCACGCUGGACAUUAGUCGCUCAAAGUUCUAGUAUCGGUAGCUUAGGUCCAAAUUACGAAAGUUGGCUUAGAAAAGAAAUAGUAUCCUCGAUGUCGAAGGAAAACCCGUCAAGUUUGAAAAGCCUUCCGAGCUUUCAGUUCAUUUAUCCCACGAUAAAUAAUUAUAAACGCAGUUUCGAUGGUCAAGUUGGGUCUUCUUGUCUACCCUAUAGACUUCUUACACAUUCUAAACAGACAUGGGUAGAAUCCUACAUGUACCAAUGGAAGGCUACACGUACCGCGAGGGAUAGAGCAAUACCUCACAUAAAAUCUUACACAAGAUUCUCGCCGGAUUUCAAGGAAAUUCCUUGGUUCGUUCUCACCAGUGCCAAUUUAAGUAAAGCCGCUUGGGGAACGAGCGGGGUGGACUCUCACUAUAUCUUGAAUUACGAAGCCGGUGUUGUAUUUAUUCCAAAAUUUGUCACUGGAUCAACAACUUUUCCUGUUCAAGAAGAAGAACCAGGAGUACCAGUCUUCCCUAUUGCAUACGAUUUACCUCCAACGAAGUACGAGAGCGACGAUAAGCCGUUUGUCCAGGAUUUUUUCUUCGAAUAAUUAGAACGAAACGUUGUAUCUAUUUAUUUAUGCGAAUUCAAAGAGCACAGCAUGUACGAAUCAAUUUUUUUUUAUAAUAAAUGCGAUA